AUGGCAGCUCCCGCUCCCGCUCUCCCUCUCACUCACCACACAGGCCCGGCAGCACUACUUAGCACGGCAAGGAGACGGAGGAUUCGGCCCGCCCACGGGCAGGGAAGAACACGAGCCGGUCGGGCGGCUCGGGCCGCUGCUACUCCGGCCACUGCUCCUGCUGCGGCUGCGGCUGUGGCUACGGCUCCGCGCUGUGACGCUGCGUGCGGCGUUGUCGGCCACCGCCGACGGCGGCGGCGACGGCGGUGUGCAGCUCCGGAGGGCCAGAACGGGCUGCAAGACCGGGACGUGGGCGCUGCGCGGCGAGGCGGCGGCCCAGAGCUGAACGGCGGAGCGCUCGGCGUUCAGCUGCGCGGGCGUGGGCCGGUCGGAGACGCCCGAGGGCGGGACGGAGAGGCCUGGCGAGGGCUGGCGAGCGUCGUCGGGGGGAUUAGGGCCCGGGAGGUUGCCAUGGUCGACAAGGGCGCCGCUCGGCAGAGUGGUGAAUCUGAAGUGUCGGGGAUGACCAGUGGCGAGCCAGCGGCUUCCAGAGCACACCUCGACUUAUACCGCCCGCUAGCAGAGCGCGCGAAAGCGCUGAAUUCCGCGACGGAGGCAAUUCUUUGGAAGUGGUCCUCGAUCGAGAACCAUUGUUCCGCCACGAAGAAAGCAAGAUGCGAGCAGCACGAGUACCGCGAUGAUAACCCCGUCAACUGA